AUGGCGUCGGACGAGAUCGUCUGGCAGAUUAUCAACCAGCAAUUCUGCUCUUUCAAGCUCAAGACGACCAAGAACCAGAACUUCUGCAGAAAUGAAUAUAACGUGACGGGAUUGUGCAAUCGGCAAUCAUGCCCACUAGCCAACUCCAGAUAUGCAACUGUGCGCGCACACCCUACCAAGGGCACGCUGUACCUCUACAUGAAGACCAUUGAGCGAGCGCAUCAACCCUCCAAGCUCUGGGAAAGGAGAAAGCUCUCUGCCAACUACCAGACGGCUUUGAAACAACUGGACGAGUGGCUGAUCUACUGGCCCAACUUCUUGAUUCACAAGGCAAAGCAAAGGCUCACCCGACUCACGCAAGUUGCCAUACGCAUGCGACGAAUCGCGAAAGAGGAAGCUCGACUCGGCGAAAAGGUUGUACCCAAGCUUGCUCCCAAGAUCCGCAAGAGAGAAGCGACGCGCGAGCGCAAGGCCGAGGCUGCUGCCAAACUUGAACGCACAAUCGAGCGAGAACUUUUGCAGAGAUUACGAGAGGGUGCUUAUGGCGAUCAACCCCUCAACGUCAGCGAGAACAUCUGGAAGAAGGUUCUCAACGAGAUGGAGCGCGAGGGUGAGGGAACAAGAGACAAGGACAUGGACAAGGGCAUUGCCUCGGACGACGAGGAGGAGAACGAGUACGAGGAAGAAGAGGAGGAAGAGGACGGUGCUGUCGAGUACGUCAGUGAUCUUGAGGAAAGCGACGAUGAUCUCGAGGACAUUGAAGACUGGCUCGGCAGCGAUCAGGAAUCCGAAGACGAUGAAGAGUCUGCGAGCGACGACAGCGAGGAUGAGGAGGAGCAGCCUGCCAAGAAGCCGGAUGCUGGUGGCAAGAGGAAACGCGAAGCUCCUGCUCGCAAGCCCAAGAAGGGAGUCAAGAGAAGACGGGAGAUUGAGCACGAGGUUGAGAUGGAACCCCGUGCCCGCGAGCUGGCCUUCUAA